AUGCACCUACAUCGCAUCUGGCCACACUUGCUAUCCAUCACUAUCUGCAUCGUAGCAUUAGUUCAACCAAACACUGAAAGUGGAAUUGAACAGACACUAUGGGUCGAAGAACGCUUCGACGACUUUAUCUUGGCCUAUUGGGCCAAAGGUGGUUGGAAGGGCGCGAGCAGUUGGACUGGAGAUGUCUUAAGUCGGCUAAUGGUCAGUUAUCUAUCAUCGCAGGGCGAAGUUGCAAAUCACAGCAAAGUAAACGAAAUCUUUGCGCAUGUCGUUUCUCGAUCAUUGAGCGCAUGGACACUCAUUCAGUACCUGACACAAGCAAACGAUGACUUUGGAUGGACGGUGGCCCUAUUGCUUGAGAUCCUCGAGUAUACCCACGAAUACGAAAAGCGAUACCCCGACACUAGUUCUUCGGCGCGACUUCCAAUUCUGCGAGGUCGCCUUGCGUUCCGGGCGGCAUUUCUCCACGAUCUGAUGAUUGAAUCUUGGACCGCAGAGCUCUGUCACGGAGGAGCUGAGUGGUAUGUUCGUACUCGUCGGCGGUUUGUCUGGCCCUCACUCGGCGUUCGAGAGAUAUACAAGAACACCAUCACCAAUCAUCUCUACAAUGGGAACAAUGCGCAGAUAUACAACGCUUACGAUGGUGCCGUUUUCCCUGUGGGCGUGAUCGAGAUCGCGGUCCAUGGUCUUCGAGUUUUGGGGAAAAUCAUCCGUCCAUUAUUUGGGGGCUCGAGGGGCCACCUACGUCUUUUCCAGUUCGCAGAUGUCGCCUUGCUGGGAAGAGCCACCAAGGGCAUCAACUGGAUGGACCAAACCGACCUUCUCACCGAGGACUCACUAUACGUUGAUGGAAUCAGACCGCGUUUCAAACAGUUCUCCCCUGACACAUCGCCCACUGUGGUCUGCGACGUCCGGGGUGAGGCGGUUUUCACCUACAACCAGGUUGCUGGCCUCCGGGCGCUCUACUUCUUGACUCAAGCUACAGGCAAAGGUGAAUUCCUCCGCAACGGCCAUCACGCGAUACAAAACUUAAUUGACGCUACCAUUUCUGGAAAUCUCGGUUGGGAUGGCAUUCUAGAAGAGAACUGCGAUCGACCUGGUAACUGUUCACAGGACAUGCAAGCUUUCAAGGGUGUGGUCUUCCUCGAAGUCCAGCGUUACUGCCGGGCGAUUUCGGGAGAUGCGACUCGCGAAAUUCGAGCCUGGCAUGUAGACCAAUGUCGACAAUAUACGCCUUGGAUAAGGACAAACGCCGCAGCUGCUCGCUCUACGAUAGACAACAAAGGCGCAUUCGGAGGUUAUUGGGGCAUUAAGCACGUAAAUCACAGCCAGGGCGGGCGUGGUCGCACCAUAGAAACGCAAUUUUCAGGCCUCGCGGCUCAGUUGGCGCUAUCAUUCUUUGAGAAGAGCUUCAGUGAGUAG